AUGCGAGGCAACACCACCAGCACAACGACGGCCACGAACACCACGAUCACCCUCACAGAAACAGAGACCACCACUUUCACUGGCACUUGGUUUGAAAUUCACACGGUCCUGAUCCUAAAUCUGGUGACGGGAAACUCGUAUCUUCUGGCCGAAACGCCAGGUGGCAGCGCAGCAGUGGCCGACAUCAUCGCCGAUCAGGCCGGAUCGCCACGACAUCUCACUUCCGCAGUGAUUGUACCCAGGCCGCUGUCCAGCAACACCGAAGAGGUCAGCUCCACGCAGGCGCAGGUGCGUGCUGAGAUGCUCGACUACCGUCGAACGCGACAGGAAGCCCGAGCCGUUGCCUCUGGGCUGGCGGCAGCACUGGAUUCGAUGUCCUUGACUGCGGUGACCGCUGCUGUGAACGCCCGUCUCCCCGUUCGGCGGGUGUCGGUCACUGAAAAGCAUUUUGGCAUCGACAUUACCUCGCCGACGGGUGCGGUGGAGGUGUUCCGGGACCUUGCGAUGACGACGACGACGUCUCCGACGCAGGAGCCUACAGGCAUCAACGCGGCAUGGCCCGGAGCACCGAGUGCACGGGCCCUUUGGGUUGCUGCAGCCGUGUUCUUCUUGCACCUGUAG